UAAAUAAAAUAAUAUAGAGUAGGGUUCCAUCUCGGUCCACACUCCAUAUCUAAAGGUGGCGGUAAUGCACACCAGAAGGUUGCUUACCAACCGCCAUUAAACCAAAAAAAAAAAGGGGAAGAAGAAGGUGGUAAAAACAAAAUGGCGUUUGAUGAAGAAGGCCUAAAUUGUGAAAGAACGAUAGCAGAGUACGAGGAGGAACUUUGUCCAACAAAAGAGGAGAAGGAGCGACAACAUCAACUACUGGACGCUGUUUUCAAGAAACAUCAAGUUGUGUUACACAGAACAGAUGUCUGUGAAGAACAUCUUCUCCCUGAGCAACAGGAGUUGGGUUACAGGAUGGUGACAGAGGAGGCACAGCCCUCCCACAUUAAGGAGGAAGACGAGGCGCCACAGACUCUGCACAUUAAAAAAGAAGAGGAGUACCCGCUUGCCCCCCAUUUUAAAGAGGUGGAGGAGGCUUUACACCCCCCUCACAUUAAAGAGGAACGGGAGGAACAAAGCAUAAGUCAGGAGGGAGAGCAUCUUGAAUGUUUGGAGGACUUCCCAGUGAUUGGUGUGAUUGUGAAGAGUGAAGAUGAUGAAGUCAAAGGUGAAAGUGAAAGUGAGGAGAAGAGAGAGGCGGAGCCUCCCAGCAGCAGCUCAACUCAACACAUGACAACAGAAGCUGAUGGAGACCACUGUGGAGGAUCACAAGCAGACAAGAUCUUAGCUCCACUAUCAGAUAGUGACGACACAACGUCUCACUCUCCUGACACUGAUGAUGAAGACUCUGAAGAUGAUAAGACAUGUCACACUGACAACACACACUUUACAUGUUUUCUCUGUGACAAAACUUUUAAACGCUCUAGUUGUCUUAAAAGACACAUGAAAACACACACUGGAGAAAAACAUUUUACUUGUUCAAUCUGUGGUAAAGGUUUUAUACAAAGGGAAGAUUUGAAAAGACACAUGAGAAUACACACUGGAGAAAAACCUUUUUCCUGUUCAAUAUGUGGUAAAGGUUUUGCACAAAGUGAAGAUUUGAAAAGACACAUGAGAACACACACUGGAGAAAAACCUUUUUCCUGUUCAAUAUGUGGUAAAGGUUUUACACAAAGUGCUGGUUUGAAAAGACACAUGAGAAUACACACUGCAGACAAACCAUUUAUGUGCUCAAUUUGUAGUAAAAGAUUCACCCAGAAGGGGCAUUUGAGAAUGCACACAAAAUUACACACUGAUGAAAAACCUCUAAAAGAUGGUAAAUGUUUUACACAACGUCACAAAUUGAAACUACACAUGAGAAAUCAUACUGGAGAAAAACCUUUUUCAUGUUCAGGUUGUGGUAAAGGUUUUACGCAAAGUCAUGAAAUGAAACUACACAUGAGAACACACACUGGCGAAAAACCUUUUAUCUGUUCAGUAUGUGGUAAACGUUUUACACGUAGUACCCCUUUGAAAACACACAUGAGAAGACACACUGGAGAAAAACCUUUUUCAUGUUCAAGUUGUGGUAAAUGCUUUAUACAAAGUCACGAAUUAAAAAUACAUUUGAGAACCCACACUGGAGAAAAACCUUUUAUAUGUUCAGUAUGCGGUAAACGUUUUACACGUAGUACCUAUUUGAAAACACACAUGAGAAUACACACAGGAGAGAAAGUGUUGAGUUGCAGUGUGUGUGAUGAAAGAUUCUCUUAUAAGUACCAGUGUAAGAAACACAAGUGUGCUGGUGAGAACAGCAGCAACAAACUCUGACUUUCUAACAUCCAUCCAUCCAUCCAUCUUCUUCCGCUUAUCCGAGGUCGGGGUCGCGGGGGCAGCAGCCUAAGCAGGGAAGCCCAGACUUUCCUCUCCCCAGCCACUUCGUCCAGCUCUUCCCGGGGGAUCCCGAGGCGUUCCCAUGCCAGCCGGGAGACAUAGUCUUCCCAACAUGUCCUGGGUCUUCCCCGUGGCCUCCUAUUGGUCGGACGUGCCCUAAACACCUCAACACAACAAGCGGCUUUACUUUGAGCUCCCCCCGGAUGGCAGAGCUUCUCACCCUAUCUCUAAGGGAAAGCCCGCCACCCAGCGGAGGAAACUCAUUUCGGCCGCUUGUACCCGUGAUCUUGUCCUUUCGGUCAUAACCCAAAGCUCUAACUUUCUGACAUCAUUGGCACAUAUAACAUGUGUGACAUGAAUGUUGUGUGUGCAAUGCAAUCUUUUUAAUGUGCUAAUAUUUAGAGAUAAGAAAUGUAAGAUUGCUGCUCUUUUUCAGUCAAGUACAUGAAUUGAUGUACAACAUUGUGUACUUUGUUAAACAUGAAGGGAACAUUUUGGUGAGAGUUAACAGUACACAACAUAUGUUGCAUAUAAUAAACAUUUUGUGUUUAGACAUUCAUAAUUCACUUUUAUACACUUUCAUAAUAAUGUUUUAUAUAUAUUGUUUUUAAAUAAAUGUUACACAUUUACAUUUCUAAUUGUAAAUGAUUCCAUAGAUUAACUUCUUUAUAUGAUACACAUUUGUUUUACAUGUGUUCAUUCCUUUGCUUUUGAGUACACAUAAAUCCCUCUUAGUUCAUAUUUACUAGUUCACAUCUGAAACGUCUUCUGGACCACUUCUGGAAGCAUAUUAAUAUUUACUUUAUACAUCAUUUGAGCAGUUGUGUUUUGUACAAGAUCAUUUACUUUUAAAAUGUAUGACUUUGUAAUUCAUUUGUUGGGUCUUUAUAAUGAAUUCUAUUAUCUUUGUUACUCUCUUAUGUAAUAUGAAUAUUGUUUUGUGAUUGUUUUGUAUGUAUGUCCCCAGACCU